UACGUGCACCCGUCGCUGCUGUCAGCAGAGGAGCAGCGGCAGGAGGAGCUUUGGGGAGCGAAGGCAGUGACUAUACUUGCUCACGUCCCCCCCUUUCCCUCUCCCCCCCCUCCAUACGUGCACCCGUCAUUGCUGUCCGUGGAGGAGCGGCGGCAGGAGGAGCUGCGGGGAGUGAAGGAGCGGUUCGGAGUGCACGAGGGGGAUACAGGGUCCAGUGAAGUGCAGAUUGCUCUGCUCACCUCGCGCAUUGCCUACAUGGCCCAGCACCUGCAAACUCACAAGAAGCUUCUCUCUCCAUGUCUACAGGACCUGCACUCAAGGCGGGGUCUGGAUGGAAUGCUGGCGCGGCGGCGCAAGCUGCUCAAGUAUCUGCGGAGGAAGAACUGGGACUCGUACUGCCAUGUGAUUGCAGAGCUGGGGCUGCGCGACCGAGUGGACUUGCAAUCGUAG